GGGAGGGGAGGAGAGCGGAGACGAGGAAGGGCUUCCGGUUACAGUUGCUGAGGCGGCUCUCCGGCGGCAGUUUCUUACUCCACCCCCCGCUCGGGGGCCACCAUGUCGGGGCUCAACAAGAUGGAGCUGGAGGGCUGUCGUGACCUGCUAGGCCUGAUGGAAACUUCCGAAAUCCUCUCUCUGUGCGACACCAUCACCAACCGCCUGGUUCACCCACAGGACCGCCAAGAUGCCAUCCGUGCAGUAUUAGCUUAUAGUCAAAGUGCUGAAGAACUUCUGAAGAGAAAAAAAGUAUACAGAGAAAUCAUAUUUAAGUAUCUAGCAAUGAAAGGAGUUAUUGUGCCUCCAGGUUCUGAAAAGCACAAUCUUAUUCAGUAUGCAAAAAAUCACUGGAACAAGCCAGAGUUGAAGGUGGAAGAAACACUGGAGAGCGUUCCAAAUACAGAAGACACCAUACUAUUUGAACAAGAAAAAAGAGAAAAAAAAGAUGAACAAUUUGCAGAUUGUUCCAAGUUAGGAGAAGAAUUCUGCCAGUGGUUCUUUGAGCUUCUUAACUCCCAGAAUCCUUUCUUUGGACCACCCCAAGAAAAAUGGGGACCACAGCACUUCUGGGACGAUGUCAAGCUAAAAUUUUGUUACAACACAUCAGAACAAAAUGUGAUAGACUAUCAUGGUUCAGAGCUGGUGAGCCUUCGUCUACUAUCUCUGGUGAAGGAAGAAUUUCUGUUUCUUAAUCCCAACCUAGAUUGCAAUGGACUGAAGUGUGUAUCCUCUCCACAUGGAUUAGUUGUAGUUGCAGUUGCUGGCACUGUCCACCGAGGCAGUGUGUGUUUGGGCAUCUUUGAACAAGUAUUUGGACUCAUCCGCAGCCCUCUUCUAGUAAACACUUGGAAAAUAAAAUUUGUCAAUCUAAGGAUUGUUGGACAGAAUUCUCUUGAACCUGGAGUGACAUUGGAGAAACCAUCAGUUACACUGGAACCCAAUGAGUUAGAAUCCUUAUAUAAUGGAAAUGGAAUGACACGUAGUAGAAAUGAAGCAUUAGUUACUGAAACCCAUGCUUUGUGUGGUGGAAGUGGAAACCCGGCAUCGUGUCAUGGAAAUGAGGCAUCAGUUAACACGAGUGAACCGGAAUUGCCUAAUCCUCCAAAACACUGAGCUCUGUAUGUCAAAUUAAAAAGCUUUUUAUUCAGAACCUCUUUAGCUUAUGCGGUACCAGUAUUGCUCAGAUGAUUUCAGGUUUACAGGGUUGGCACGUUUUAGUUGAGAUACUUUUGUUGACUACAAACUAAGAUUUUAUGACAAUGCUUAUCUUUUUCUCCUUCAGUGUGGGCAAAUAUUAAUUAGAUCUUGGUGGUGUUCAUCAAAUAAAUUUCACUUCAGAUUUCAUAAUUAAUAAUGUGCCUUAGAAAUCAAGUGAUAUUUUCAUUUUAUUUUGCAGAAAUUAUAAUUCAUUUUUCAAAAUGUCUGCUUUGUAACAGAGGAAAAUGUAUAAUAAUGUGCAUAACUUCCCAGCUAGGUUCUUAUUUUAAGUUAUUUGUACAUGGAGUUGGAUAUUUUAGAAACAUCUCAUUGAGCAGCUGUUACAAAAAGAGUAUAUAGCUGUAAUGGAAAUCAUUUUCCCACUUGAGUACCUGAAUGGUAGCCUCAAUGCAAAUCAAAGAAUUGAGCAGCUGAGUGACAAACUCUUAUAUGUAUUUAAUUGUGUUUAAGGGAAAAUUCCAGUGGUCUUUGCUAUGGGUGUUCAUUGUACAUAUACCUUCCAAAAACAUCGAAACUAAUUUUCUCAAACUUUUGGCAUUGGCAAAUGUUGAUUUCAAAGUGAGCUAACACUGAUCCUUAUUUAUGCCUACUUGAUAAAAAUGCAGCUUUUUACUACACCACCUCUAAAAGUUACUCUUCUAAAAUCAUCUUGAUUGGUCUAAGAUUUUUUUUUUUAAUAAUGAAUUUCACUCACAAGGUGUUUUUCGUUUUUGUUGGUACUUUUUCCCUGCUUAAUUUAUUUGGGUUACACACUUCAAUUGCCAGUAAUAAAUUGAUGAAAAUAAA